CAGAAAGAUACGCUUCUGGGUGCCAUUGACAUCGUCGCUCAAGCAUGAAAGCCUCAUCCACCUUUUUCGCAACAUUGCUUGCAGGAUUUGUACGUGCAAGCGAGCUGUCUUACGACGACGAAUCGUUUAAAGCGAUCUUCGGUGACAUUAUGACAAAUGGCUUUGCACUGCACGACAUUUAUUUCACAAUACGUUUGGAUUGGGAACCAAAGAACAGUACGCUGUAUCGCUUCAAUUUGACCAACGGAAGGCUGUCCAAUAUAGGCGACCAUCUCAAGCCGACCAAUGAGCAUUGCAGCAUAGAUUCGAGUAAUGGAAUAGUGGCUGGAAGAUGCCACUUUGAUCUCAAGGGUGCUGCAGUUACGUACCAAGGCUACUUGUCUUAUGGAAGACCUAUCAGACAGAAUUUCACUGUUUACGCGUCCAUCACCGACUUUAUACAUGGUCGCCAUCACAACCCUGCCUUUCUCACCGUGUUCUUCAUCCACCUAGAUGAAUGUGAUCUACGCGACUGCCUAAUCACUAACUUCCAGCUGAAAACGUCGACGAUACCUGUAUUCAGAAAUUUUACUUUCGAUAAAUUUCAAAAUAAUGGUUCACUGGCUGACGAAGUCUGGCAUGAGUUUAAUGUUAAAAUGUUCACUCAUGUUAGACUUAAUGUCACGCGUGCUAUCAACUACACAUGUCUCGUAAAUAUGGCUAAAAGAAAAGUGCCAACAUCUUUACUUUCACGUGCUUUUAGUAAUCGGCAAAAUAAUGAAAUUUAUAUGAAUGAAAGGCCAGAUACCCAUUUAUAAAGAGCGGUGAAUAUGAACCUGAUAAAGUACGUUUUUUACAGGAAAUACUCUUUGUGUCACGCGUUCAUAAUGCGACUCAGAACCAAUGAAACUUAUGUUAUACCUUCGUCUGGUACCAUCUCUAACGAGAAACUUGGGGAUCACUAACAACACAUAAUUAAAAGCAAGGCCUUUGCUAUUCGAUGCUUUCAAUCUUCCCGACUUUCCACAGCUAAUUACAGCUAAUUACAGAAUACAGCUAAUUAGAAUAAAAGAGGAACCGACAAAGAAUAUGAAAUAUUUAAUUUGUUUUAAGUUAAAAGUUCAUUAUUAUUUCGUUUCAAUAGUGAUGACUGCAGAAUGCAUGUACGUCAUCUGGGCAUAAAAUACUGCUUGUGUUUGUACUUAAGCAUUGCUAUUUACCGAUACAUCUAUUACGUUUACUUUUUUUCAAGCCAAAUGUUCGGUAGUGUGAUUUCAAAUAAUUCUGGAGGACACGAAUAAAGGACAAAUGUGGAAUGACUUCGAUAGGCAAAUUUUCAAUGAUGUCAGGAUUGUUUAGGAAGGUCACGCUG